AUGAUGUCACUAGAGUCCCUGCAGAGGCAGGUAGACACCAGCCUCUCGCACCUCUCCGAGGUUCCGCGCUCGGACCUGGCCUCCUUCCUGGCUGUCCAGAGGGAGGGCUUCAUCGCCAGCCACCGCGAGCAGAUGCGGGAGUGGGACGCACUGCUGGGUUGUGAGCAGGAGCCUGGCGUGUCGGGCUCCCAGCCUGAGGACAGCAAGGACACGACACCCUUCGGGGUGAGCCUGCGCUCUUUGGAGAGCCGGGUGACGGCCAUGGGAGGCAUCCCCGCCCUGGGAGCCGGGCUGGUGCUGCCCCGCAUGACCCCCAGGAACGCCUCCAGCCUCGCCGCCACGGCCAGCCCCGCGGCGGUGGAGGUGGCGAGGGCGAGGGCGGCGGGGGGCGACUCAGCCCCCACCCCCCUGCUCAAAACGCGGCUGGGGGGCCAGCCCGGGGGGGAGGCCGGCACGCCCUCCCCCUUUGCCGUCAAGCUACGUCCAGCGGGCGUUGGCCUGCCCGCGCCGGAGGAGCGCACGGGCCUGCAGAAGCCGGACCUGCAGGCCGACUUUGCGGCGGCCAUGCAGCGACGAAGAGCGGCGCAGGAAGCAGCCGCGCAAUGA